GGAAAGGCGAAGAAAGCUCAUCGCCCCACGGCGGCCACGGCGGGAUGGACCGAUCCGGUGCUUCGAGUGGUGUUGGUGAACCGACUGACCGCAGUGCGUCACCGAACGAUGCAACCGGAAGGGGCACCGGAAGCAAUGGAACGGUCACCGCCGUUCCCGUAGACGCCACGGUUCCCACCAACUGGGUGAAGUUCGAGGAGGAAGGCAACCCCGACAGCAGAAGCAAGUCACCUUCGCCCUCGCUACCGGCACCUUCGUCGGUCAGUAAGCAAAAUGCGACCACGUCCGCCACCCGCCCAGCAAGCACAACGGAAGUGGCCCCACCGGCCGUCCUGCCCACGGAGACGGUCCACGUGAAUCUCGACGUGCGCUCACCGAGCACAACACCAAAGCAGCAGCCGCAAACAUCACAGUCCUCGGGCCACGGCGGCGGCGUGGCAUCAUCGCCCGUCUCGAGUGGACUGAACAAAACAUCACAACCGGCCGUUAUCGACAUUCCGAAGCAAUCGGUGAACGUGGUGCAGCCGAUACAGUCCAUGCGCACGAUCGAACUGUCCACGGGGCGUGUUCGGGAAGGGUUCGCGAAUGGUGACGUCAUCGUUACGUUGCUGCCCACGAACACCCGAUGGCCGUGGAUCACUCCGGCCGUGUUCCGGCCCGAGCUCGUACCGGAGGAAUUGAUGGCUCAGGGGCUCACGCUCACGGUCGAGGAGUAUGUGCACGCAAUGGAAACGCUGGUCAACGACUAUCGCUUCACGCUGUACAAUAUCUGCUACAAGCGUGUGCUGAUCGUGUGGAUCGUGUUUGCGUUCGUCGUCCUGAUCGGGCUGCUGUUUUCCGGUAUCUACGGCAUCACGCUGUUCUCGCUCGGCGUCGCGUGGCUGUUCUUGAACGCGGGCGCCAUCUUCCUGUGCAUGUGGGUCAAGCUGAAGCUGGCGCGCGGCCUCGAACGGUGUAUGGCCCGCGUCAACAAGCAGCUGAUCCGGCACAAGAUACUGCUGGCGCUCGACGAUCGUGGCCACAUCUCGUGCCACAAGGUCAACCUCUGCUUUCUGUACUUCGAACCAUCGCAGUGCAUCAGCUACCUGAACGAGUUUAUUGAGCGAAGCGAACAGAACGGUAACACGAUUGAACCGGGCUGGGAAAGCCGGCUCGAUGUGACCACGAACGAUAUCGUGAUCCAGGGUGCCAACACGACGCGGCUCUCGCGGAAGCAGGGAAGAGCGGAAGGCAUCUUCUUGCGGUAUCUGCAGCGUUGGGCCAAGGAUUACCUGCGCCGGCGGUUGGACUGGACGAUCGAGGAGAACGCCAUCGUGUCCGCUCCGCGCCACUUGCCAACGGCUUACUGUCCCUGCCAGUACGCGGAGGAGCUGAUGCUGCAGAAGAAACCCAAGGACGAUCCGCGGCUCUGCUGUGCCUCCGUGCGUCAGCUGAUGGCACGGGUUGGGUUUCACGUCUAAGCUCCCCCGAACGCGUGCGGAUCGAAGAUCGAAGUGACGAUCGCCCGGACCACGAGGUGUUAGUUAGUAAUUAGUACAAAACCGAGAACCCCCACGUACCAGCAGUGCCUUCUUGACGUCGAUAAUACUUUAGCGUUAGGAGACGCGGCCAGCCAACAGUUAGCAAAGUCAAGUUUGUUUUAUAGAUGUGUGUGUGUGUGUAUUAUUCCUUUUUUUAACUGGUGAAGGGAUCGUAGACAUAAGCCGGAGAAGGUCGGAGUUGUUUUGUUUAAUAAUGUGUUGCCCGCAACAUGGUUCCCCAAACGAGGGUGUACUUACUUGGCCGUAGAUCCCGCAUGCACUGCUUCGAAUCGUACUUGGAGAAACUUCGGAACGUAUUUUGCCUUUUGGUACAAGCUUACGGCAGUAGCAGACCCUUAACCUCUUACCGCUAUCGUUUGCUCUUGCGAUCGAAGCCGAGGCCAAUCUUUGGCGCACCCACCGUCUAAGGCUAUUGCUUAUGUGUACCACUUUAGCCGCUGUAUCCUAUCCUUUCCGGCUUCUACUGCAUUCCCGUCCUGAUGGUGUCUCGAAACCGACCCUUCCGUUGCAGGAACGUGGAAUGUUGCUGCUGCUGCGCUACGCAUCCCGCUGGGGCAAUGAAGCGAUACGGGGCCUGAUCGACGUUACGCAGCACGAACCGGCCCGCCACUGCCGGCAGUAUCAGUGCCCCUGCCAGUACGUAGAGCACCACUUG